CCAAUCGUUUGCAAAUAUACUCGGUCUUAAAUGCAUGCAUCUCGCUGCUUAACAAAAGUUGAAAUGUUGAAAACAUACGUUGAAAAAAUUGACUUAAAAUGAGAAAAUUUAUCUUAGGAAUUGAUGGGAUGACAAAUGGAGGAAAGACGAGUAAAAGCCUCCAGGAGCUUCUGCAAAACAACUUAUUUCUCAAGACAACUUUUUCAAGGCCACUUAAUAGCUUGUUCAACAAGAGGUACUUCCUGCAGAUCCCUUAUGAGACGUGUAAAGAGAGAAGAAGCUCAAGAGUCUAUGUGCCUCCGGAUCCACCAGGCUACUUUGAUGGAUAUGUCUGGCCCAUGUACUUGAAAAACAGAAAAGCAAUGGAAGAAACUGUAAAUGACAUAGUGUUUCUGGAUGGCACACAGAAGAGCGAGACGUUGCUCUCAACUGUUCUUGCAGACAUUCAGGAAAUGUUUAUGGUUAUACAGAGAUGA